AUGUCCAAUCACCAUAUAGGUCAGUUUUUGCAUAUUGUGGAGAAGACACACAAAGAAAGUAGAUUUGUCAAAUCUUUUCAGGAAUCUUCAAAUUAUACUAAAGAGAAUAUUCAUGCUGGGGAACAGGAUUACACGGGUAAUCCAAGUGUUAGAAUCUUCAGUGAAAUAUUAAAUCUAAAUAGACUGAAGAAAAUCCAUAAUGGAGAAAAAUAUUAUAUAUGUAAAAAUUCUAAUAAAACAUCCAAUUGGCCUUCAGGUUGUACUCUAAAUGAAAGAAUUCAAACUGGAGAGAAGCCUUACAAAUGUAAAGCAUGUGGCAAAGCCUUUAAAUGUCAUUUAACUCUUCUUGUACAUGAGGGAAGAAUUCAUACUAGGGCAAAACAUUAUACACUCAGUGAAACUGGAAAAUGCUUUAGUCAGUCCUCAAAACAUACUGAACAUCAUAGAAAUCCUAAGAAAGUAACAUAUUAUAAAUGUUCAGAAUGUGGCAAAGCCUUAAGCCGACCAUCAAAACUUAUUCUUCAUCAAAGAAUUCACACUGGAGAGAAACAUUACAAAUAUAGAGAAUGUGGCAAAUCCUUUAGUCAUCCCUCCUCCCUUAAUUGUCAUCAGACUAUUCAUUCUGGAGAAAAGCCUUGUAAGUGUACAGAAUGUGACAAAGCAUUCAGUGAUUCCUCAUCCCUUACUCAUCAUCAGAGAAUUCAUACUGGAGAAAAGCCUUACAAAUGUAGAGAAUGUGGCAAAGCCUUUAGACAGCCCUCAAGUCUUAGUAUUCAUCAGAGAAUUCACACUGGAGAGAAACCUUAUAAAUGUAGAGAAUGUGGCAAAGCUUUCUCCGAUUCCUCAUCCCAUCAUCAGAGAAUUCAUACUGGAGAGACGCCUUAUAAAUGUUCAGAAUGUGGCAAAGCCUUUAGCCGGCCCUUAUCCCUUAUUCGUCAUCAGAGUAUUCAUACUGGAGAGAAGUCUUACAAAUGUACAGAAUGUGGUAAAACAUUCAGUGAUUCCUCAAACCUUACUGCACAACAGAGAAUUUACACUGGAGAGAAGCCUCAUAAAUGUAGAGAAUGUGGAAAAGCGUUCAUCAGCCAUAGAGAUCUUACUACACAUAACCGUAUUUAUACUGGAGAGAAGCCAUACAAAUGUCGAGAAUGUGGCAAAGCUUUCUGCCAGUCUUCACACCUUACUAAUCAUCAGAGAGUUCAUACUGGUGAGAAGCCUUUUAAAUGUAGACAAUGUGGCAAAGACUUUAGGCAGUCCUCAUCCCUUACUUGUAAUCAGAGAGUUCAUACCGGAGAGAAGCCUUAUAAAUGUACAGAAUGUGGCAAAGCCUUUCGUGUUCUAUCGUUCCUUACUUAUCAUCAAAGAGUUCACAUUGGAGAGAAACCUUAUAAAUGUAGAGUAUGUGGCAAAUCCUUUAGCCAGUCCUCAUCCCUUACUUGUCAUAAAAAAGUUCAUACUGGAGAGAAGCCUUAUGAAGGUAGAGAAUGUGGCAAAACCUUUAGCCAGUCCUCCUCCCUUGUUAAUCAUGAGAGAGUUCACACUGGAGAGAAACCAUAUGCCAGGUAAGUGUAGAGAAGGUGGCAAAUCCUUUGGAAGCUCCUCAGGCCUUAGUAAGCAUCCGAGUGUUCAUUCUGGAGAGAAUCCUUGUAAAUGUAAAAAAUAUAACACAGCCUUUCAUCAGUGUUCCUGCCUUUCUGUACAGCAGAGUUCAUACUUGAGAGAAGACUUAUAGAUGUGAGGAGUGUCCUAAGUCCUUUACAAACAGAACUUACUGAACAUCAUAAAUUUCAUACUGGCAAGAAGCCUUACAAAUGGGAAAAAUGUAGAAAAUGCUUUAACUGUACCUGAUAGACUUCAUACUAAAGAGAGUCCUU